CUUUCUAAUUUCGACAUUUUUGUUAAAAAUGAUCGUUGUAGCCUAUUUCACAUUCUACGAGUUUGUUUUUGAACGAGCGCCUCACAUUUGGUUCCACAUCAUCUUUUUUUGACUUUUUGAGAAAUUAAAUAAACAUUGAACGAGAUUAAAUAAUCGCGAAAACUUGGAGUUUUGGAAGUCGUGACAAAAUUUUGAACUUGAGGAAAGAAGAAGGAGAGUUUUGCCGAUCCGCGAAAGAAGGAAGAGAGUUUCCGUUCCCGGAAAGAGAUGAAGAAGAAUGUGCUGUAGUACAUGAAGAAAGAGAGACGAUCGAACGAAAAACGAACAAACGCGGCUUUUUUGCAAUCGUCUCGAUUGCGGUUUCUCCGGGUUUGUCUACUCUUGGCUAUAAAACCGUGCGCACAAAACGUGCGUGUACGCGCCAACACGCACGUUUUUUCAUGCUAAGAAAAGUCAUCGUCGUCUCGUCGUCGCGCGAGGUGAGUGAUUAUUAUAGCCCGUCUCUCGGUCUCGUUGUGAAGAAAAAGUGCUAAGUGCCUCCUCCGCGUUCUACGAGCUCUUUUGUCUCUCUGUUUCUCUCUUUUUUUUUCUCUCUCUCUCUCUCUCUCUCUCUCCCUCUUUCUCCUUCUCUCUCGCCGGGAUUCAACACGAUCUCGAGACUUCUCCGAGAGUGAGACCAACUCGCACGAUAUACGCUCGGAAACGUCGUGUCUUCCCGACGUGGUGAGAAAAACAGCAGAGGAAGAGGAUCGAAGAAAGAAACAAAAAAAAAAACAAAAAAUAACGUUCUUCGACGCGAGAAAAAUUCUCUCCGCCGAUCGUCAUGGAUCUCCUGUGUUGCGAGACCACGGAAGGCGAGUGUCAGACUUACACCGAUCCGGCGAUUCUCGACGACGAUCGGGUGCUGCAGAACCUCCUGCAGACCGAGGAACGCUACGCGCCCAGCACCUCCUACUUCGAAUGCGUGCAGAGGGACAUCUCGCCGUUCAUGCGCAAGAUCGUCGCCGAAUGGAUGUUAGAGGUAUGCGAGGAGAGAAAAUGCCAAGACGAGGUUUUUCCCCUGUCGAUGAACUACGUCGACAGGUUCCUGUCGAUCUGCCCGAUCAGGAAGUCUCAGCUUCAACUGCUCGGCACCGCCUGCCUGUUGCUGGCGUCGAAGCUACGAGAAUCCUUACCGCUCACGGCCGAAGUCCUCGUUUUCUACACCGACAACUCCAUCACUCUCGACGAUCUCUGGAGGUGGGAGCAGCUGGUGGUCUCCAAGCUCAAGUGGGAAUUGUCCGCGGUGACGCCUGGCGAUUUUCUCAUCCACAUCCUCAGCAGAUUGCCCCUGCCGUGCACUUGGGACACCGUGAUGGUCCGUAGGCACGCGCAGGCAUUUAUCGCACUCAGCGCCAUAGAAUUCAAAUUCUGCAUGUACACUCCGAGUAUGAUAGCGGCUGCGAGUGUCGCGGCGGCGUUGAACGGGCUCGAUUGGACGAGGAAAAGCGGCCGUGGACUGACUGGUCUUCUGGACGAGCUUACUCGCAUUACGUCCAUCGAACAGGAUUAUCUGCAAGGAUGCCUCGAGCAGAUUGAGGAGAUGAUCUCUCAGGCUCACGUGAGUAUCGAAAAGUCCGGGAGCGAAACCGUGCACCAGCCGAUGAGCACCGGCGUGCUGACCUCGUCGCAGAGGCCGUUGGGGGACCAGAGUAACACGAGUCAGGAGAAGAUACUCGAGCACGAGAAGGCCGGCACGCCAACCGAUGUCAGAGACGUCCAUUUUUGAAAACUGCAACCGGGGGACACUACACUGCAAAGGCCGACGCGCCGGUGAGUCUGAUAAUCAAGAAGGAGACGGUGUCUUCUUCUUCUUCUUCUUCUUCCGAGAAAAACGGGAAAAAUGUUCACGAGGACAGCGAUGGGGGUGACAGUAGACAACACGAGGAAAACACCGAGGAAGUGAACCUGAAGAAAUGAACAUGUACAGAAAAUACUCCGAGAGUGAAAUAUAUUUGUGCUACGCGAAAUCAGUUGGUUGUUCGAAGCGAGAAACUCUUCUCGAAGAAUCUCGGUACUGAAUCUGAUUGCUCGUUAGGUACAUUUUUUUUUUUUUUGAGAACGAUACACAGAGAAGAAAAUCAUCGUCGUCAUCAAUCUGACGAAAGAAAUUUUUAUGUUUUUUUUUUUUAUUGAUUAUCGUGAAGAUCGCGGUCUAAAAACUCGACUGUAAUCGGAAGAGAAAUCUGAGAUUUUUUUUAUUUCCGUUUUAAUGCGCGUUUCGAGUGUUAUACUUUUUAUGUGAAUGAACACACUGCCAGCAGAUUUACCUUUGUUUUUUUUUUUUAAAAAAAAAAGUUUAUUCUCUCAUCGAAAGUGCUUCGAAGAUACGCAAGAAUCAUGCCAAGAAGUAUGCGUUUGUAAGAUUUUUUUUUUUUGUAUACGAGAUUUCGAAAGAUGAGCGUAUAGACCGAGCGUAGUUUUCGAGUCCAAAAACUACGCUAUAUCGACCGUGACGCUGCAGAUAAACGAGAAAAAUAAAUAGAUACGAGCGACCAGUUUCAAGAGUAGAAGACAAUGUAAUCGGUACAAACGAAAACACGUGAGAGACUGAAGACUACCGGGCGAGGGAGAGAGCCUACUUGUGUCAGAAUCCGCGCCGUUCCGACGAUGUGUCACCCAUAGAGAAAAAAAAAAAAAAAAAA